AUGAAAUCUAAACUUCGCGGUAGAGAAUUAACAUAUGGAAUUCCUGGUGUAGUUGGAUGCAUAGAUGGAGGUCAUUUUAUAAUAGUUGUCCCUCCAAAAGAAGAAGAACAUUUAUAUUACAGCACUAUACUGGUUUUAGAUAGAAAGUUCAACAUGUUUCAUAGGUUCAUCAAUUCAAUCUGCACUAGGAAAGAAAUUAAGAAGGAUAAAAGAAUCAAUGAACUGACAGAGAUCAUACAAAAGAGGAUGGCGAUGGAGAAAGCUAAUCAGCCAGGUCAGAACUCGCUUUACCCCAACUUAGAUGAUCCAUCUCCACCUGGGAGAAGGAAACUCUCUGGUCAGAUAUCUCCAGCCAUAUCUCUGAUAGGGCUUGCAAUUGCUAAUUCACUAGGUUCAGCCAAAGCAUGUGAUGAUUUAAUGUUUCUAAAUUCCAAUGGCCUAAUGUUUAGGGAUAAUACCCUUAGUGAGUCAUCAAAUGGAAUGUCAAUAUUCCAUGUCAGAUCUAGUUUAUGCCUGAAAUUUCAGAAUGGCUCCACUGAGUCCAUAACUCUGAAUAAACUCACUAGAAUUGAUAGGUAUGAGGCAAUUUACAAGGCUUGUGAUUUCAAGAUUGAAUCAAAGAGCACUUUUAGUUGUCUGGGGUCUGGAUACUGCUGGGAUGAGGGAUCAGGUAAUGCCAAUUCCAGAUUGCAGGCUGUUGGCCCUGAUGCUUGUAAUGUACCAAAUGGUCAACAUGGGUGUAUCAUAUCUCCCAAUUUGUCUUCUAGUGGUUGCACACAUGAGCAAAUAUGUAUAUGGUACUACUGGAAGAGGAUUCCUACCAUCAAUAAAUGUGACCCCAUCUAUGAACUCUCAUCUAGUACCAUAAUAGGUCAUAUGGACUACACAGACCCCAAAGGUAACAUCAUUCCAUUUAGUUUAUCAGAGUCCAAUCCUAUGACCCAUGGCCAUAAUGGCCCAUGUGGUGACAUUCCAGACUCAUCAGAAAUUGCCUCCAAAGAAGAUUAG